AUGCUCUUCUGCUACACGUGCGGUAAUAUCAGUUCAAUUUCAACCAGUCCGCAUCGUCUCCCCUUUGGAAAGCCGCGUCCAGAUCUUCGGAUAGUUCCUUUCGAUCCGAUACUGCUCUCCGUCCCGCUCCACUCCUUCAAAGAGGCCCUCCCUCCACCCACCUUCGCCAUCCUCCCGGAAGGUUAUCGGUCCACCAUAACGCCAGGACAGCAUACCUUCAGCCCGAGCUCCAUCAGACGCUUCCAAAGCACCAAUCGCUAUGUCAACAAACGUAGGUCGAUCUGGUUUGGUCGCUCAUGUCGACGAUCCGCCAAGACUCGAGAUGUUCUGCUGAAAGUUGAAGGUUCGGAUAUACAAGAAUUGGACGAGGAUGUAUUCUCACAGUUCAUGUCACUGACAACAAUUGACGAAGCAUUUAUUGAUGGCGACAAGGUGACAUGA